ACUAUCUUCGGUGCACCAUUUACGUAUCACAUUACGUAUUACAAUGGCGCGAUCAUGAUGGAAUUCGUGGGACUCAGAGCGAAAAUGUAUGCGUUGCGAGUCGAUGGUAAGAAGGAUACGAAGAAGGCGAAAGGUGUCAAAAGUAAUGUAGUAGCGCGAACAAUAUCUUUUGAUGAUUACACACAUUGUCUGCGAGACGAGAUCGAGAUGACGCGUCAGCAGUCGUGUAUACGAUCGAAGCUGCAUCAAGUGUACACUAUAUCCGAGACUACAAUCGCUCUGAGUCCAUACGACGACAAACGAUACGUCAUGCCUGACUCGACCGACACAUUACCAUGGGGGGACAUUACCAGAUACCUCUAUAAUAUAUUUACAGUAUUAUUGUACAUAUUGUUCUUGUCUAUCCACGAGUUAUGCGAUCCAGCGAAUCCUAACCAUUUCACAUAA